AUGGAAAAAAAUUUUAAAAACGUUAGAUUUUAUCAUGAUAUUAAAUUUUUAUUGAAUAUUUGCACUUCCAUCAUUGAUUGCAAUAUAAUUUUAAUCAUUUUUUAUUUUCAAUCUUUUACAAUUAUCAAUUGCCCUUUUAUUUCUCAAAUGCAAGCAUUUAUUCUCAAGCAAAUUGUAAUAUUAGAUCUUCAAUUAUCCUAA